CUCAGCCGGAAUUUUCACUUAGUUUAUUUUAAAUAUUCUCGUUUUUUUUGUUGCUCUUCUUUUGCGAAAGUUUACAAUAUUGUGGUGAAGAAAACGAAAAAGUAAUUAUUAUUAUUUUUUUUCUUUAUUUUUUUUCAAACGAGCCACCAGUUGUUCUUGUGUGUUCUAUUUAAGCCCAUCCUCUUCGCAUCACUCUUUCAAAGCCUCGUGUCUUGAUUUCUUUCACCAAACUCAUAUAAUCACAUAUCUCUCCAAGUUCAUCAAGGUCAGUCUCUAAUUUAUAUUAUUUUGUAACUAUUUGAUUAUUUUAGGUAUAUUUUCAGAAAUAUAUAGCCACAAGAAAUUGACAAAUAAUUAAUACAAGUAAGAAAAAAUUGAUCUUCAAAACUAGACUAAGUGCAUAUAUCCAGUACUAUACAUAUUUAAAUUUGUUAACCACACACAUCGUGUUUUUGUCCAAAGUUUUAACGUAAACAAUAAAAAUAAUAUAAACACACACAUACAAGAACUGAAGAAUGAGCAGACCCGGAGAUUGGAACUGCAGGUCAUGCAGCCAUCUCAACUUCCAGCGCCGUGACUCUUGCCAGCGAUGCGGUGACUCUCGUUCCGGCCCCGGUGGAGUUGGUGGCUUAGACUUUGGUAAUUUCGGUGGCAGAGCCAUGUCUGCUUUCGGAUUCACCACCGGCUCCGACGUUCGUCCCGGUGAUUGGUACUGCACCGUGGGAAACUGCGGGACACACAACUUCGCCAGUCGCUCCACCUGCUUCAAAUGCGGCACUUUCAAGGACGAGACCGGCGCUGGAGGCGGAGGUGGUGGCAUCGGCGGUCCGGCCAUGUUUGACGCCGACAUUAUGCGGUCUAGAGUCCCCGGUAACGGUGGUCGCUCUAGCUGGAAAUCCGGCGACUGGAUUUGCACUAGGAUUGGUUGCAAUGAGCAUAACUUUGCAAGCAGAAUGGAAUGCUUCAGGUGCAAUGCACCAAGGGACUUCAGCAACAGAACCUCUUUCUAAGUUAUACAAACUGCUUUUGAAGUAGCCUUGUCUCCAAUUUCUUAGGCACCGUUUCGAUCAAUGGAAAGGAGAAGCAGGAGCAAAAGAGAGAAUUAAAAGAUGAUAAUUUUGUUAGAUGUUGCAAUGAGAGCCAAUAUUGUAACUUUAGCUGUCGUGCUUUUGGAUGUAUUAUCCAUUUUUAUUAAGAUUUCUUUUCAUUUUCUCCUUAAUUCGUAAUUUUUCUUUUGCAGUUUCUUUUUAAGAGUUUUAUUAUUCUAAUCAUUGUACGCUGCAUGUCUUUCUUAAAAGAAGAUUCUCUUCUCAAUUUCAUCGCUUUAUACAUGAGUUGCUACUUUCUUUUUGUUUUUGUUUCUUUGUUGUCCAGCCUUUUCACCGUAUAUUCUUAUAGCUAGACUGUAAUAUACUUACUAUCACUUUUUAGUAGACAUAAUUCUAUCAACCUAGUGACCAGUGAC